AGGAAAUUUACAGCAAUACAAGAUGGACAUCAUUUUGUAGUGUGAGCAAAGACAGUCUGAAAUGCUGAAUAGAAUUGACGAGACAGAGUACCAGAUAUGUGGCAUAAAGACCACCGACAACUGGCAUUCAGAAAACUGCGAUUAUAACCUCGAACAGAAGUCGCCAGAGAACAAAAAGAAAAAGAAAUCAAGGGCACUUGGAAUCAACCUUACUUGUUGCAAGUAUGACUGUGUUAGAAAAGCAGCCCUUGCAGUGGGGCUACAUGAGGUUGGGGACACAGAGGACUGGAUUGUCUACUGGACUGACUGGUCUGUCUCCAUGGACCGCAUCAUGGACAUGAAAAGGUAUCAGAGAAUCAACCAUUUCCCUGGCAUGAGCGAGAUCUGCAGGAAAGAUCUGCUGGCUCGAAACCUCAAUCGUAUGCGACGCAUCUUUCCCAAAGAAUACAACAUUUUCCCAAAAACCUGGUGUUUACCUACAGAUUAUGUUGAGUUCCAAGGACACUGUCGAAUGUGGAAGAACAGGACGUUUAUCUGCAAGCCUGACAGCGGAUGCCAAGGCAAAGGCAUCUACAUCACCCGCCAGCCCCAGAGCAUUGGCCCCGAUGAGCACAUCAUCUGCCAGGCUUACAUCUCCAAGCCCUUCAUCAUUGAUGACUACAAAUUUGAUUUACGGCUGUAUGUCCUGGUGACGUCAUCUGAUCCUCUCAGGAUAUUUUUGUACAAAGAGGGCCUUGUGCGCUUUGCGACAUCUAAAUACAGGAACCCUCAUAGCAACAACAUAAGUGACAUGUGUAUGCAUCUCACCAACUAUGCGAUCAACAAACAUAGUGAGAACUUUGAUCCUGAUCACCAAAAAGGCAGCAAGAGAAAGCUCUCAUGGCUGAGGUCCUGGCUUGGAGAACACUCAUACGAUGCUCAGUCCGUGUGGAACGACAUUGAGGACGUGAUUACAAAGACGGUUAUUGUAGCGGAGCCCGUCCUCCGACAGAACUACCGCACAGCCUUCCCCAGCCACGUGGGCCCCAGCUCCUGCUUUGAGCUGCUGGGCUUCGACAUCCUGCUGGACAGCAAGCUCAAGCCCUGGCUCCUAGAGGUAAACCACUCCCCCAGCUAUAACACAGACACGGCCUUAGACAGUGAGGUGAAGGAGGCUCUGCUGAAGGAUACCCUGCUGCUGCUGAACCUGGGGGCAUGUGACCGCCGCAGGAUCGUGGAGGAGGAGAAGCGCUUGGUUCAAGAGCGACUGCUGCAGAAGCGUCAGAGUUCCUCACAGCGGGAGCUGCUUCUAAGCAGUCAGGCGUCGUGGCUAGCUGAGGGGGAACGGCACGAGGAGCGCCACGCAGGAGGCUUCUACAGGAUCUACCCCGGCGGCAAUGACCACAAGUACAGCCAGUUCCUUCACCAGGGGUCAAGCUACUGCCAGGAGACAGUGACCUCUAGAGCACGGGAGGAGUACGCCAGGCGACUGGUUCAGAAUCAGCAGGACAAAGACAUGGCUGCCCAGGGCUGGUCUCCAGGGCGACGGUGGAGACGGAGCGAGGGCAGAGGUCAGCAGGGGGAGUCGCCGGGGGAGCAGGGCAGGAAGAGCUGCGGUGACCUCCAGGGUGACCAGAAGCACGUGCGCAGGCAGCCCUCAACUCUGGGCCCACGCGACUGGGUCCUGACAGGGAGAGCCAACCACUCUGGCUCAGGCAAUCGUAUGGUGUGGGACUCGUACGAGCCCAGGCUGAUUAGUGAGGAGGAGGAGCUGGCGAGACAGCGUAGUCUGGAGCAGAGGGACACUCUGGUGAGGAAGCUGGGCUUAGUGAACGCCAUCCAGAGUCUCCUGCGGCCCAGAACUCAUCACUGCAUACCAGCCAUGACGCUCCACCCAAUCAGCCAAGAACGGAGCCUACGCCUCCAGGAGCACAACUUCAUGAGCACAAAGCUUCAGCCAUCCUCUCCCCGCCACACUGUCACCCUCAAGUCCAGCCGAAUCCAGCCGCUUCUCUACAAGUCCACCCACGGUUCUUCUGUGUCACACAUGGGGAUGCAGAUCAACUUGCCAAGGCUGUACCCACGACCAAAGAUGGUGGCUAAAGGGUCCAGGCCUGGUCAACUCCAUGUCCGUGUGAUCAAUCUGGACAUGCCCAACUCCGGGAAUCUGGAACACAGACAGCCGACCUUGCCCCUGAUAUCAAACCACUCUGCAGGCCAUCUGAAGAGUCAGAAACACUUCAGUCGAGGACACCUGUCUGAGCCUCAAGGCUGUCUCUCAUUGAGCUCCAUGGAUGAUUCAGUCCUACUACACUGGGAGGCAACAGACCUGAAACCCAACAGAUUUGAUUGACCUGGUUAACUCUGAACACCACAUCUGAUUGUAUAAACUUUGUUUAACCCAUUUACCAUAAAUAACUAUUUUCUGGUCACUAAAA